AUGGGCGACUUCUCGGUUUAUGAGAAAACAUAUGAAGUCUGUCUAAACAAUUUAGAGAAGAUACUAAGGAGAUGUGAAGAGACAAAUCUUAUGCUAAACUGGGAGAAGUGGCACUUCAUCGUGAAUGAAGGUAUUGUGCUCAGGCACAAAGUUUCCAAGGAAGGGCUGGAGGUGGAUAAGGCGAAGAAUGAGGCCAUUGAAAAGCUUCUACCACCAGCAAAUGUGAGGGUUGUCAAGAGUUUCCUGGGACAUGCCAGAUUUUAUCGACAUUUUGUGAAGGACUUUCCAAAGAUUGCUCGACCAUUGAGUGCAUUGCUGGAGGCCGAGAGAAUGUUUAACUUUGAUGAACAAUGCCUUAAUGCAUUCAAGAUACUGAAGAAUGCAUUAAUUACCGCACCUGUAUUGAUCGCACCUGAUUGGACAUAG